CGUAAUGACUUGAGUUAGCGUCGAAAUACCGAAGAGCCAAUAGUUGAAAGCAUAUAUAUAUAUUUUUUUUGUAUGCGCAGGAAUGUCUUUAUUAAAGGCAUCUGCUGAAGAAAGCAAAGCAACGUGCGUCUCUUUUUGCCGGUCAGCUUUUCAUCAUUUAUAAAAACAAAUAUUUUUGCUUUUGCUAAAGGGCCUUGCGACAUGUUUAAUUGUCUGUUUAUUCCACCAGGCUCCAAUAUAUAAUUUAAUUUACUUAUGAGAUGGAUCAUGGAAGCAUAUAUUUAUAGUUGAACGCUUCAAUUAUUAAUGAAGAAGGCAACAGCUUUCUGAGCAAAAAAAAAAAAAAAUCUGAGAUAAGAGGCAAAUGGAAGAGGAAUUACUAUUGCAGAAGAGGCCUGAAGAGAAGAUAUGGAAGGGCGUGACUGUAACAAAGGCUGCCUUUCUAGAAGAGCUGAAGAAGGUGAGCUACUUGGCGUCACCCAUGGUGGCUGUGGCUGUUUCACAGUAUCUUAUGCAGGUUGUGUCAAUGAUGAUGGUGGGUCAUCUUGGAGAACUCGCACUCUCAAGUGUAGCCAUCGCCUCUUCUUUCACCAAUGUCACUGGCUUCAUUCCACUAUUUGGAUUGGCCUGUGCAUUGGAAACUCUCUGUGGACAAGCUUAUGGAGCAAAGCAAUAUCAUAAGCUUGGAACCUAUACUUACUCAUCAAUAAUUAUUCUCAUUCCAGCUUGUCUCCCAAUAGCUGUUAUUUGGAUAUUCAUGGACAAAAUAUUGAUACUGGUAGGACAAGACCCUCAAGUUUCAGCUGAGGCCUGCAGAUAUUCCAUUUGGCUCAUACCUGCACUACUGGGAUUUUCUAUUCUUCGAUCUCUAGUUCACUACCUCCAGUCUCAGAGUUUGAUUCUUCCGAUGCUCUUAAGCUCAUGUGCAACUCUCUGUGUCCAUAUACUGCUUUCCUGGACUCUAAUAUAUAAGUUUGAUUUGGGAAGUAUAGGAGCAGCAUUGUCCAUGGGUCUAUCUUAUUGGUUGAAUGUGUUCAUCCUUGGACUUCAUAUACAGUACUCUUCGACAUGUGAGAAAACCCGCUCUCUCUUCUUGGAUGACCUUUUCUUUAGCAUCAAGGAGUUCCUCCGUUUUGCAGUCCCUUCUCUCGUAAUGUUUUGUCUUGAGUGGUGGUCGUUUGAGAUUCUUAUCUUGCUGUCUGGACUUCUACCGAAUUCAAAACUUGAAACAUCAGUGUUUUCUAUAUGCCUUACCACUACAUCAUUACACUACUUUGUACCAUAUGGAAUUGGUGCUGCUGCAAGCACUCGGGUGUCGAAUGAACUAGGAGCUGGAAAUCCGCAGACAGCGCGAUUGGCAGUCUAUGCUGUAAUGGUUCUUGCAGUCGCUGAAGCAGUCAUAGUGGGCACAACUCUAUUCUGCUGCCGCGAUCUUUUGGGAUUUGCCUAUAGCAGUGAGAAGGGAGUUGUUAAUUAUGUCGCAGAGUUAGUUCCCCUGCUUAGUGCUGCAGUAAUAUUGGACAGCAUACAAGCAGUACUUUCAGGGGUAGCUAGAGGAAGUGGGUGGCAGCACAUUGGGGCCUAUGUCAAUCUUGGGGCCUAUUAUCUUGUUGGAAUUCCAGCAGCUGUUGUACUCUGUUUCGUUUUGCAUCUUCGAGGUAAAGGCCUUUGGGUUGGAAUAAUGGCAGGGUCAGCUGUACAAACAAUUUCUCUUGGCCUCAUAACCUCUUUCACCAAUUGGCAAAAGCAGGCAGCCAUGGCUAGGCAGAGAAUAUUCCAGGAAACAAUUUCAGCUCAAAACAGAUUGGUUUGAAGCAAAAUUUAAGGCCACUGCACAAUUAACGUAUGCCAAUAUCUCAUUGUUUCAUCUGCAAUAGAUUAUGGUUUAACUAAAAGGCAGAACCAACAGAAGAAAUUGAAGGAAAAAUUAAAAAACCACUAUCGAGUGUAAUUAUAGUUUCGAGACCCUUUUUUUAUGCCUUUGAGAUAUUGUAUUUGUGAUUCAAAAGAUAUCCAAGAAACCAUGAUCGAGUUUUAGAGAAGAAAACAUAGACUACCACACAGUUAGAACCAGAAAAUCAACUAAAUUUUAUUGGCAAAGCACAAAAGUACUAUCAAAUUCCAAAAGUCCAACAAGAAAAUAGCAGAAAGGAAAUUCGAUCCAUUUCUUCCUGAAAUUAAGAAAAGCAAAAUACAUGAACCUUUCAUUCUUUAUCUCACGCUACCAGCCAGCCAAGCAGCCAGGCCCCGAUCAGCACAACGAAUGAUCGAUCACACACACAUCAGUACUUGAUAUUUUUUGCUUUAUUACCUUCCCUUCCCUGAAAAGUGAAGUAACUAUUGAGAGUAACAUAUUAGGUAGCUAGUAAGGGGGAGGAGGGCGGUGCCACGGCGGAGGUGGUCUGUAGGGGUCAAAGUAUGGAGGUGGAGGACCGGGGGGAGGUGGAUGAUGAUGAGGUGGUGGUGCGAAAGGUGGAGGAG